AUGACGUCUCCGGAGAAAGCUGGUGUUAACGAGGCACCGCCAGAUCAAAGCCCAAAUCGUCUCACACCCCCCACCCAACCAACACUCCAGCGCGAAAACAGCUUCGAUGGCACAGAUAUCGUCUAUCCUAUACGCUCUGUCGUCUCGGUUGAUCCAACUUCACAGAAUUCUGAGCCAGUCCCAUCUCAUCCGGCCUCGCCUAUCAGGGAUGGCGUUCGUCGGUACUCUAUAAUCGAUGCGAACACUUGGGACCAGAUGCAGUCUCGAGCCAGGACGGAUUCUGUGAACGAUCCCCCCAAGCCGAUCAAUGCGACAGAAAACCCCGACCUUGACGAACCGGAAUACCAACGUCGCAGUUCCGAGGCGACUGAAGAGAGUCUCCCGGUUAUCAAUCCGGAACAUCCACAAAAUCCAGAAAUCCUCGAAGGAACCAGUCUUGUUACCUCACGAUUCGAGCAUGUGAUUACAGAGCGCGGCCAUGCUGUCGCCACGGGACCGGGUGCCCCAUUCCAGCCUUGCGAGGACGAACCGAUCCAUAUCCCUGGUGCAGUACAGAGCUUUGGUGUGUUAGUGGUUAUCCGUGAGGAAGCGGGCGACCAGUACCUCGUCCGCAUCGCUAGCGAGAAUUCCAAGGAUCUUCUUGGGUAUUCCCCGAACGAGUUAUUCGCCCUUCAAAAUUUCUGUGAUAUCCUCAGAGACGACCAAGCUGAUGACCUUUUGGACCACAUUGAUUUUAUUCGCGACGAUUCGUUCGACCCCAGUGUGGACGGCCCCGAAGUAUUCCUCUUGUCCAUCAAACAGCCCUCGCGACGCUCUCGCAAGUUCUGGUGUGCCAUCCAUCGCUGUCCAGCCGAUCCCAGUCUGAUAAUUUGUGAAUUUGAAUUGGAGGAUGACCAGAUCAAUCCACUGAAUGUUUCUGGUCGCGGAUCGCCAGCAUCGCCCAGCGCGACUCUGGGGUUGGCACCGACCCCAGAGCAGCUAGCAGCUAGCACCAGCAGCAUGAGCCAGCCCUUGCGCACACUGCGCAAUGCUCGUCGGCGGAGGGGAGAGGCGGCCGCCAUGGAAGUGUUCAGCAUCCUCACCCAGAUCCAAGAUCAGCUGGCCCGCACAGAGACGCUUGAGUCUUUACUGAACACAGCGACCGGACUGGUGAAAGAGUUGACCGGCUUCCAUCGGGUUCUGAUUUAUCAAUUUGAUCUGAAUUGGAACGGCACCGUCGUGGCCGAACUGGUUGACCCCAGAGCUUCCGUCGAUCUAUAUAAAGGUCUCCAUUUCCCCGCCAUGGACAUUCCCAGACAGGCUCGUGAUCUGUACCGGGUUAACAAGGUUCGACUACUAUAUGACCGUGAUCAGACAACGUCGCGACUCGUCUGUCGGACAGCCAAAGAUCUGGAGACACCGCUGGACAUGACCCAUGCCUAUCUGCGUGCGAUGUCUCCAAUUCACAUAAAGUAUCUGGCAAAUAUGGAAAUCCGCGCAUCUAUGUCAAUCAGUAUCAACGGGUUCAAUGAGCUUUGGGGUUUGAUAUCGUGCCACUCGUAUGGAAAGUCUGGCAUGAGAGUGUCAUUCCCCAUCAGAAAGAUGUGCCGGUUGGUUGGAGAUACCGUCUCGCGAAACAUCGAGCGUCUGUCCUAUUCGACUCGGCUUCAGGCACGUAAAUUAAUCAAUACCGCCCCAACCGAUGCAAACCCUUCCGGAUACAUCAUCGCCUCGUCGGACGAUCUACUCAAAUUAUUCGGUGCUGACUACGGUGCUCUGUGUAUUCGAGACGAGACGAAACUAUUGGGCAAACUCACUCACUCUCAGGAGAUCCUGGCCUUGUUGGAGUAUCUGAAGUUGCGCCAGAUCAACUCCGUCCUUGCCUCGCAUCAUGUCACCAAAGACUUCCCUGACUUGCGCUAUCCUCCAGGGUUCAAGCAUAUUUCAGGUUUGCUUUAUGUACCUCUAUCUACAAGCGGAACGGACUUCAUGGUCUUUUUCCGUCGCCGCCGCUUGACAGAAAUCAAAUGGGCGGGUAAUCCAUACGACAAGAAAGUCGUGGAUGGGUACCUACAGCCACGAAAGAGUUUCCAGACCUGGUGCGAAACUAUUCUCGAUCAAUCCCGGGAAUGGACCGAGACCGAUGUGGAAACAGCGGCGGUGCUGUGUUUGGUGUACGGAAAGUUCAUCAAAGUGUGGCGACAGAAGGAAGCGGCCAUGGAGAACUCGCAGCUCACGCAGCUCCUGUUGGCCAAUUCGGCCCACGAAGUUCGGACCCCUUUGAAUGCUAUUAUUAACUACCUCGAAAUUGCAAUGGAAGGUUCAUUGGACACCGAGACCCGAGACAACCUGACCAAGUCUUACUCUGCUUCCAAAUCGCUGAUCUACGUCAUCAACGACUUGCUCGAUCUGACCAACAUCGAGAAGGGGCAGAAUCUUAUCAAGGAUGAGUCUUUCGACCUGCCUCAGACGAUCAAACAGGCCGCAGAGAUGUUCGAAGGUGAAGCCAAACGCAAGGGAAUCUCUUUCAAUGUCCACUCUCACCCCGGACUCCCGACUGCAGUCGUAGGAGAUCAGCGGCGCAUUCGUCAAGUGAUCUCUAAUCUCAUUUCGAAUGCCAUGCAGCAUACCUCGACCGGGGGCAUUACUGUCGAGGUCUGGCGCGCGCCAUCCCAGCCCGACAAUAGCGAUGUGAUGAUUGAAAUGGUGGUCGUGGACACCGGUUCGGGGAUGUCUCAAGACACCCUCGAGGCAUUAUUCCAGCAGCUCGAGCAGGUGGGGUCAAUGGAUGACGAAGAAGGCCAAGAUCACCUCCCUUCCCUGGAAGGGCAAGAGAAACGGGUGCUUGGCUUGGGACUCGCGUUGGUGGCUCGGAUCGUCCGCAACCUACAAGGACAGCUGGGCGUGCGGUCCAAAGAGGGCAAAGGCAGUCGUUUCAAGAUCUCGUUGCAGUUCCCUGUUCCAGAGGGUACAACUUCGACAGCUGAUAGCGAUCCUCGUCCUCCCAGUCGGAUGGCGGAGACGACGGCUCCGUUCCAGCACCAGCAAGAGAUCAUGCUGGUGGAUAGGAACCGCUCACUGGAUCGCUCACGCCGUCAAAGCGCCGAGAGCAACCGCAGCGGACAGAGCGGUAGCAGCGCGCAGAGUAACCGGAGUGAAGCCGAUCGCCUGAUCAGCGCCAUGCAAGAGCCGCUGUUGGUCCGUAGCGCCAGCGAGGGCGGCGCUACACGAACUCAGCAGCUGGAUGCGAAUGAUCCCUUGAUUCCUAAACCGCGAAAGACUACUAGCAGCUCUGUCGCGGCAACACCCACCACGGAGUUUGCUCCUGGUCCUGAUAUUCGCACGACCGUCCCCCCUGUUUCGAACAUGCCGCCGGGCCAGACAACUGUGAAGGAUUUUGGAGUGCCAUUGGGUGCUAUUCGAGUACCUGAACAGGAUGUUGAGAGGCCGCCAUCACCUCCUAAGCUGGUGGAUGGGGAGCCUGCGCCGGCACUAGGUUCGCCUGAGAAGGUACCCGACAAAGCCCCGCAACAAAAGGCUGCUGUUGCGGACAGAUUCAACGUGCUGGUGGCAGAGGAUGAUCCCAUCAACAGCAAGAUUAUCCAAAAGCGGUUGGAGAAACUGGGUCAUAAGGUGCAUCUGACUCCCAAUGGGGAGGCAUGUGCUGGUGCAUAUCGUGCGGAUUGUAAGAACUUCGACAUCGUUCUUAUGGACAUUCAGAUGCCCAUCGUUGACGGUAUGCAAUCGACACGACUAAUCCGCGAGUUCGAAAAAGAGACUGCCCUAGACUCGUUAUCCGAAAUCGCAAAACUAAACGGCCAGGUGCCUAUCUUUGCAGUUUCUGCAUCUUUACUCGAGAAAGACGCGCCAACAUAUAUCGAAACCGGUUUCGACGGUUGGAUCAUGAAACCUAUCGAUUUCAAUCGAUUGAAUAUCUUCUUGCAGGGCCUUCAGGAUGAUGAAACCCGGAAUAGUACUACUUAUCACCAAGGCGAAUGGGAGAAGGGGGGUUGGUUUGCCCCUAGGAAGGCGUAG